CGUCAUCAAUUGUGCGCCUGGCGGGAAUCUGCUCAGCUUCGGAUUUUUGGAGUUGUUUUAAGUUGAAACCCUUCAGAAAAAUUUAUUUUAUAGAGAAAGCAUGCAGGCUUUUCUGAAAGGAUCUACACAAAGUGUUAAACUGCAGAAGGACAAAGCCACAGCUUCGAGCAGUGGAGAGAAUAAGAGACAGAAACCAGUGCCAUGGGUGGAGAAAUACAGACCCAAGUGUGUGGAUGAAGUUGCUUUUCAAGAGGAGGUCGUUGCAGUCUUGAAGAAAUCGCUAGAGGGCGCUGAUCUUCCAAAUCUUCUGUUUUAUGGUCCACCUGGAACAGGAAAGACCUCCACUAUUCUUGCUGCUGCCAGAGAGCUUUACGGCCCAGAGCUUUACCGACAGAGAGUGCUGGAGCUGAAUGCCUCAGAUGAGCGAGGGAUUCAGGUGAUCCGGGAAAAAGUGAAGAAUUUCGCUCAGCUCACGGUGGCUGGGACGCGGCCAGAUGGGAAAUCAUGUCCUCCGUUUAAAAUCAUAAUUCUGGACGAGGCGGAUUCCAUGACCGGUGCAGCCCAGGCAGCUCUCAGGCGCACCAUGGAGAAAGAGUCGCGCACAACCCGCUUCUGCCUCAUCUGCAACUACGUCAGCAGAAUCAUCGAGCCUUUGACGUCCCGCUGCUCCAAAUUCCGCUUCAAACCCCUCGCCAACGAGAUUCAGCAGGAGCGUCUGGUGGAAAUCUGUGAGAAGGAGAAUCUCAAAUACAGCAAAGAGGGGAUUGAUGCGCUGGUCCAAGUGUCAGAGGGAGAUCUGCGGAAAGCUAUCACGCUCCUGCAGAGCGCAGCCAGACUCGGUGGAAAGAGAGAGAUCACGGAGAGCAUCGUUGUAGAGAUCGCGGGGGUGGUUCCAUCAAAUGUGAUUGAAAAUCUGCUUCAAACCUGCUACAAAGGCAACUUUGAGAAGUUAGAGAUUGCUGUGAAGAACAUGAUUGAUGAAGGUUACGCUGCUACACAGAUCCUCAGCCAGGUCCAUGAUGUUGUUAUUGAGGAGAAACUGGGUGAUAAACAGAAGUCUGUCAUCGCUGAAAAGAUGGCUGUUGUUGAUAAGUGCUUGGCUGAUGGAGCUGAUGAAUACUUGCAGCUGCUGAACCUCUGCUCCGUGAUCAUGCAGCAGGCCACACAGAGCACCUGAACUCACCCCAGACCUUCAAUACGUUCUCUCUCUCUCACAAAUUUGAUUCAUUUUGUACAUUUAAAUUGUAAUAAAAAGGCUCUCUUACUUUC